AUGGCCGGUCAGAAGAGCAAACCGCUAACGAUCAGCGGCGACGACUGUGGCAGAUGCCGCCGAGCCAUCGUGGACGCCUACUCGCUCGCGAUGGACCAACCGCCAGGCUAUGGGGACUGGGUCAAUGUCUUUGCUAGUUUUGAACAGCUAGAAGCCUCAGCCCAGAGAUGUAACCUCUGUCGCAUCAUUCGCCAGGAGAUUGUCUACAACCUAACGGACCUUAGGGACCUCGACAACUGCACUCAACCAGUGGAGGCGUGCUGGCAGCUAUCAGAUACCGAGUACUCGCUCAGUACACUUAAAUUUCAAGUCGGGCUGCCCCACGGUGAGGUAUGCCAGGCAAACCUAGUGACGCCCCAUCAACUCGAGGCUCUAGGACAAAUUAUUCGUGGUUUCAAGGAAGAUUCACAGUUCGAUUCUAUUACCAGUACAAUUCGCUGGUGGUUACAGAAUUGCAACAAAAACCAUGUCUCCUGUCAGCGUUCUAAUGCUACGGACGACGAGAGCGGAACCGUAUCGGAUGGUUGCUUCCCUUUCUUGCCUACGCAUGUAAUCGACGUAAAUCCGACGUUAGGGCAGCAUCGAGAUUUCGAAAAUGAACCACGGGGGCCAUAUAUUCGGCUAGUGCAGGGACAAGGCCGUCGAGAACAAUAUGUGACAUUAAGCUAUUGCUGGGGCACAUCCGGCAAGAAUUUCAAAACCACCAGCUCUAAUCUAGCCCAGCAGCUCUUGGAGAUUCCCUGGGAUAAACUCCCGCAAACAAUACAGGACGCUAUCACAGUCACCCGCAAACUUGGCAUUCGGUAUCUCUGGGUCGACGCUCUGUGCAUUAUCCAGGCAAGGCAUAGCGACGAUAGUACAUCGGACUGGCCAGUCGAAGCGACCAGGAUGGGCCAGUACUACGAGAAUGCUACAUGCACGCUGGCCGCUAGCAGCUCACACGACUGUGCUGAUGGAAUGCUUCUCGACCGCCCCGCGCUUCGGUUUGGUACUGCAGAAGAUGUCAUCAUUGAUUUCGAUGAUGUAUACCUUGGCAAGGUGACGCGGAUGCAUCUCGUAGGGUUGAGUGGUCCACCCGUCGAAGCCGCCAUGGAGGAGUCCCAUCUUCUCUCUAGGGGGUGGUGCGUCCAAGAACGGGCCCUAUCUCCUCGGAUAUUGUACUUCGCCAGGGACGCACUGUUCUGGGAGUGUAAUGAGCUCCGCGCUGGUGAAUAUAGUCCGUGUAAAAACCUGAAAUUCAUCCCGAAGCCCAAGACACACGGCAUGUUGCACAACCAGUCGUGGCGUAGUGUCAUCGGCGAAUGGGACCUACUCGGCGCGGGACUCAGGAAGCUCGUCCGAGACAACGAAAACUCUAGUGAAGGGUUGUCGGUCUCGGAUCUUGAGUUAAUACUAGGUCCCUCGUGGAUGGGUUUGAUUGAGAGAUACAGUUCUUGCAAAUUCACGAACUACUCGGACAGACUGGUGGCUCUCUCGUCCCUCACGGAGAAGCUAUGCAGGAUAACAGGGGCGGUCAAUAUAGCUGGGCACUGGCGGGAGACGCUUGGCCGUAGCCUUUCCUGGACGGCAAUUUCUCCUACCAGGACGAGAGAGAUAUGCGGUGAGCGCAGUUGUCCCUCAUGGGCGUGGGCAUCAACUGACUGGGGUGUAACAUUUGAGGGCCUCGAUGGGGUGUGGCACGAAAGCAUGGUGGUGGAAGAUAUCUGGCAAGAGCCUACAAGGGCCACGAACAGGCGCUCUAGACACAUACUGAGAAUGAGUGGCACAUUCUGCGAAAUGCCUCUAGCUCAGUGGGGUCUAAGAGAGCCUCGUAAAGGCAAUGCAACGUACAGGACUUCAUCUUAUGUCGAGUCUGUAGCAUGGGAUCACAUACCGAUCACCUUCGAUAAGACGAAGCUCUUGGCGUGUAUCUUCAUUGGAUUUGUGCGCGAGAGCGAUUAUGUGUCAGACACUGUCGGGCUUGUCAUCGAGCGAACGGGCAAAUUCAAUGACAGCCAAAUUGAAGAAUUCGAACGUGUUGGCUUGCUGAGGUUUGAGAAUCUUUCUAGUGAAAGGUUGCUAGGGAAGGUGUGGAGAACAAUAGAUGUUGCUUGA